AAUAGACUUUGAGCUUAGUGUUGGUUAAGGCAAACACAAGCUAAAAUGGCAGAUUUGAAAGUCCAUGGAUUUUGGUAUAGUCCUUUUACUUUCAGGGUGCUAUGGACCUUAAAGCUAAAGGGUAUAGCAUUUGAGUACUUUGAGGAAGAUCGCUACAACAAGAGUCCUCAACUUCUCCAAUACAAUCCAGUCCAUAAGAAGACUCCAGUGCUUGUUCAUGAUGGAAAACCCUUAUGUGAAUCCAUGAUCAUUGUUGAAUACAUUGAUGAGUUAUGGCCUCAGAACCCACUGGUUCCUUCUGAUCCUUAUGAGAAAGCUGUGGCCCGGUUUUGGGUUAGAUACGUCGACGACAUGAUGUCUCCAGUUUUGCCACAAUUCUUCGGUAGAUUUGGUAGUGAAGAACAAGACAAGGUUAUAAAGGAUAUAUGGGAACGAUUUGAAGUCAUUGAAGAUCAGUAUUUGGGUGAUCACAAGAAAUUCCUUGGUGGUGACACUUUGAACAUUGUGGACAUAACUUUUGGGUCUUUUAUGAAAACUCUUGUGGGUAUGCAAGAUGCGCUUGAAGUGAAAAUCCUGGUAGCUGAGAAAUUCCCUCGCUUGCAUGCAUGGUUUAACAAUUUCAUGGAUGUUCCUGUUAUCAACAACAACCCUGAGCAUGAGAAAUUGGUGGCUGCUAUGAAAGUUUUCAGGGAAAAACUCUCGGCAUCUUCCAGAGAAUGAUAUAUAAAGCAUUUAGCCAUCUCAUAUACUAUGUAUUUUGUUUGAGUAAUUUCUGAAAGUAAUAAAAGUUAAGCCAUUAGGAUUUAGCUAUAGUACUAAUUGCUAAGUGGCAUUGGUAAUUUAAAUGAAGUUAUGAUUUAAACUUUAGUAGUGCAUGAACUCUUGCUCUGCACGGUUGUAAAAUAAUUGUUGGAGAUUUAUAUAAUACUCCAUCCGUUUCAAUAUAAGUGAAGAUGCAUACAUAUUAAGAAAUGUAA